AUAACGACUCACUGUCUUGCGUUGUUUAUUCUGUCGCUCAUGUUGAAUGUACUUUAAGAACACGAAGACUCACUCUCUAUGAAUGACUUUCCUCUGAAGCUAUAAUGUAUUAGAAAUGUUGGAUUUGUGUAUAUAGUAAAGGUUGAAAUAGAUCGUGGGAAUUUUUUUUGUUCAAAACUUCACCAGUAUUUUUGCCCUACAACAGAAGUAUUUAAAAGUCGGGCUGUGUAUAUAUAAAGAGUUCCAGUGUGAACUCCAGGUAACGGGCUUGGAAUUUGUGUUUCUUCAGUGACAUUAAAUAAAGGAAUGCUUUGUGGGUCACUUCUGCUGUCCUUUAUUUCACUCUUAAUUUCUGGGGUCUACAAUGGUGUCCAAAGUUUUGAUGAUUACACAACGGAUGGAUUUAGAAAUAACUUAAAUCAACCAACAUGGGGCAUCGCAGGAAGUAACUUUAUGAGAAGCAGCCCAGUGGCCUACACAGAUGGCGCUUAUGAAAUGGCCGGGAAAGAUCGGCCAAAUCCGUUGGAAAUAAGCCUCAGAGCUCAUCGAAAGAUGCAAGACUCGCCUUCCCGAUUUUCCCGGAAUGUUCUGCAAACAGUUUACGCGCAGCUUGUGAUGGACGAAGUGGCGCAAACGUACAUGACCGGAUGUCCUCCAGAGUAUGAACAUCUGGAGCUGCCUGAAGGACAUCCUCUUAAAAACUUUACUCAUCGACCGAUGGUUUACGCUAGGUCCAGUUAUGACCAAACUACUGGAUACGCUUCUGCAGGCCCAAGGCAACAGGUCAACUUAGUGUCAUCCUUUCUAGACGGAGGCGUCAUUUAUGGAGGAUCUCAGGUUUGGACCAACUUGCUGCGAUCAUUUUCUGGCGGUGAGCUCCUAGCUGACACCACAGACCUCAAAUCCAGUUUCCCACUGUACAAUGAUGUCAAACUUCCCUUUUACAACGCACCCAUACCGCGGGACCAUACGUUCAAACCAGUGAAUAGAUUGUUUCGUAUAGGUAAUGCCAAGGGACACGAGAAUCCCUAUCUCUUAGCACUGCAAGUUGUCUGGUUCCGUUGGCACAACAAAGUGGCCAGAGAUCUGGCUUCUAAAUCGAAUGAGACAGAUGAGGAGAUAUUUGAGCGCACCAAGAGAAAGGUGAUAGCAGCUUUCCAAAAAAUAGCAGUCAAAGAGUGGCUACCCGCGUUUCUUAAUGGAAACACGACAGACAAAUCUUCACUCAAUCUUGCCAACUAUUCAAAUUACAUGUCACGUGCUCAGCCAGGUAUAACACAAGAGUUCUUGGCCGCCAUGGAAGUCAGAAAUUCUUUAUUACCUUCAGCUGUGGAAAUGUUGGAUGAGCAGUGUAAAAUCUCUACAACGCCUGGACGUGGACAGAGUGGUCAAGACAUUACAGUGAAAGCCAUCAGACUUUGCAACAACUUUUGGGAUUCACAUGACCUCGUCAAAGACCACCUGGAGGCCAUACUCCGCGGUAUGAUCUACACUCUUGGAAGAGCUGAGGAUGGGACAUACAGCAGCGAUAUGACGGAUUAUUUCUACGGACCCUACGAGUACUCACGAUCAGAUCGUGUGGCAUUACAACUGCAACAGUUCAGAGACCAUGGACUUCCUGGUCUGAACACAAUCAGGGCGGCUUACGGACUAAGCCUUAGGGAUGACUGGACAACAUUUGGCGGUCCAAAUGGAACUCUGCACAAGUUGUAUGGAGGCAGCACACCAGACAAUGUAGACAUUUUGGCGGGCAUUUUGCUGGAUGAUGGUGACAGACUGAGCGGGAUGACUGACUUGACUCGAACUAUUUUGUUGGAGCAGUUCUCAAGAAUUCGGGACACAGAUCGGUUCUGGUAUGAGAAUAGACGAUUAUUUGACGCCAAAGAAAUAGAGGAAAUAGACAAAAUUACUUUUAGUGAAAUUCUUCGAAGUGUAACAAAUAUUUCACAGAUCCCAGACAACAUUUUCUUGUGUCAGAACUCUCCAUCCUGUCUCUGUAAAGAUCCCCCAAAUGUCUUUAACGCUUCCGAUGCUCAAACCGACGUCUGCAGUCCCUUGGAAACGUAUGACUACAUCCAAGGGAGUGAAGCUUCAUUCGCCUUGUCUUUUCUGGCACUGGCUUUAGUUACACCAGUGUCCAUGGCAGUUUUGGCUUGUCUAGUCAAAAGAAAAAAAGCCGUUAAAGUGGAACACAAUAAAAGACAAUCAACUUUACACAUCAAAAAUGAUGCGACAAAAUUUGCAGGGAAGGAGUAUUUGGGUGCCAAAUCUGGCUAUAGAAGUGUUCGAGGUGAAUUCAAAGCAGCAGAUCGUCGUAUCUUUAUUCGAGAUGCUCAAAGAAAAGAUCUCAGGUACGUGGACUUUGUGAAGACAGAUUUAAACAAAGUGACUCUUCUGAUCUCCAAUGAUAAAGACUUUAGUCACGUAUGUCUGAAGGUGCCAGGAGAUAUUGAUUUGAUUCUGAAGUUUGCGGAUGAAUACAUCAGGCAGACGUUUGUGUCAUCCGUGCAGAAGUUCUUCAACAGCUUGGGAUUAACUCUGGAGGCAGAGUAUGUCAACGAGGUCACACUGUUCAGUACGGCUAGUGACAAAGAUCAGAGACAAAAGCUGUUGGAUAUUUUUUUUAGAGCGGUCUGUUUCACGGUGUUCGAAGGAACCUUAGAUUCCAAAAAGCAUCAAAUGAGCUUAGAUCAAAUCAAUGAAGUCAUCAAUAUCAAGCUAACAAUGACAGAGUUCGCGGACGCCAUGGGCAUGCAACCGUCUUCCGUGUUUGUGCAAAAUGUUUUUCUUCUGGCAGACAGAGAUAAAAAUAAUUGUCUGUCUUUCGAAGAGUUUUUCCACCUGUUUGGUAUAUUUAUAAAAGGCACAGCUGAACAAAAGGGUCGUCUGCUCUUCAAUAUCUACGACCCCCGCAAUGUUGGCUAUCUGACUAAAGACGAGUUUUACAAAAUGAUCAAGUCGCUGCUGGAUCUUGCAGAAAGCUCUGACCUUACAGAAGAAGCCAUCAAGGACUUGGUACACUCCAUGUAUUCACAUGUUGGUCUGACAGCAAAUCAAAACAUUUCCUACGAAGACUUCAGAAAAAUAUUUUGUGCCAAGGAAUACUCAGCAACAUUACAUGACGCCACCAUUAUUAGUCAAGCUGCCAAGCACGUACCUUUUAAACCUGGCGCAAGGGGAGAUAACCGAAGAAAUACCUUUAUAAGCAAUUACAAUUCUAAAAACGAGACUUCCAGCAAUGCCUCCAAGACGUUCCUGAAUCACAGAGACUCUGCACUGCUGAGAGAGUACGUCAUAACAAAGCGGGAGUACCCGGGCACUCCGUUCGCCAAACGCUACUACAAAGUAUCGAGGUACUUCAACAGGUACAGGUGGCAGAUAUUUUGGUGCACCCUCUACACCUUGGUCACCAUCGGUAUCUUCGUGGAGCGUGCAUUUUAUUUCGCCAGAGGACGUGAACACGCAGGACUCCGGCGUAUGUCUGGUGCCUUGGUGACGGCCAUGAUCAGAGGUUCUGCAAGUGUUCUUAUGUUUACAUAUUCAAGCUUGUUGGUGACUAUGUGUCGAAACAUGAUCACAGCUCUUCGAGAAACUUUUCUUCACAGAUUUAUACCUUUUGAUUCUGCUGUUUCUUUCCAUAAGUAUAUCGCUGUAUUAGCAAUGAUUGGUACAAUUGUGCAUGUAGUGUUUCAUGGUAUCAACUUGUACUGUAUGUGUACUCAGACAACAACUAGCAUCAAUUGUUUCUUUGGGGAAUAUUAUACAGAUUCUCAUUCGUUUGCGACAUUUCAUUUUUGGGCCUAUCAGACAAUCACAGGUCUUGCUGGUGUUUUGGUUACUGUGUUCAUUUUCGUCAUCUAUGUUUUUGCGACACAAUUUUCCCGAAAACAUGUUUUUAAGUCCUUCUGGCUAACUCAUAGUUUGUACUGGUUAGUGUAUAUUCUGACAUUCCUUCACGGAGUUGGUCGCCUGGUUCAAGCCCCACUAUUCGCUUGGUAUCUCAUUGGUCCAUUAAUCCUGUUUGUCCUCGAUCGACUGCAGAGUAUUAGUAGGAACAGAGUGGAGAUAGCUGUCAAAGAGGCUACAGCUCUUCCUUCGGGUGUAUUGAGACUUGUGUUCAAGAGACCCAGCACCUUCAACUAUAAAUCUGGUCAGUGGGUGCGCAUUGCGUGUACAGAUCUGAAUAAGGACGAGUACCAUCCGUUCACGUUGACCUCUGCGCCACACGAGCCGUUCUUGAGUCUUCACAUCCGAGCUGUGGGUCCCUGGACAACAAACCUACGUCAAGUUUACACUAGUCACGUUAACGAAGGAUCGCCUCUGCCCAAUAUCUUUUUAGAUGGUCCAUUUGGGGAGGGUCACCAGGACUGGUACUCUUGUGAAGUGGCUGUUCUAGUUGGCGGUGGAAUUGGCGUCACUCCGUUCGCUUCUAUCUUGAAAGAUAUUGCUUUUAAAUCCAAAUCUAGCAUUCAGGUGACAUGCAAAAAGGUUUUCUUUAUCUGGGUCACAAGAACACAGAAAAGUUUCGAGUGGUUAGUGGAUCUACUACGUUCUGUGGAAGCUGCUGAUGUCAAGGGCAUAGUGGACACCCACAUCUUUGUCACACAGUUUCAGCAGCGUUAUGAUCUCAGGACAACAAUGCUAUAUAUAUGUGAAAGAUAUUUUCAAAAGGUAGAAGGUCAAAGUUUAUUUACAGGCCUCAAAUCUGUCACACAUUUUGGGAGACCAAAUUUUGAAGAUUUCUUUGCAGCCAUUGCAAGUGAAUACAAAGAGGUAUCCCAAGUCGGCGUUUUCAGCUGUGGACCAGGCCCAAUGACUUCCAAUGUCCAGUCUGCCUGCAACUACAUGAAUGGUCUGAUUGGCCCAACAUUCUCGCACCAUUUUGAAAACUUCUGAAUGUUGUAGUACAAUCAAACCAUCAGCUAAACCGGAAGGAUUGAAUACAAGCUACGAAUUUUAUUAAGACACGAUGUAUUAGUUACUGUCAUUACUGGCUACAGUACUAGUCUGGUUUUAAAACGUAAUGUUCAAUUUUAUUAUUUUAUUUCUACUCUUAUAGGCUACUUGACCAUGUCUAUUUGAAAAUUUACAACAAAAAUAAUAUAUAUAAUUUAAGUAGACCUGUAUUUACAAAAGUAGAAUGUGUAUAUGUAUAUAUAAUUUGCACUUAUUGAGGUUAAAUUCGCCCUCUGUUAUUGUCAUUUAAAAAAAAAAUUUUACCAUUAAUUUUCAUUUUCUAAUCUUAAUGCUUAUUUUUAAUAAUGUUGGAUUGUUUUAAGUUUUCUAUAGAAAAGAUAUUCGUUUUAUUUAGGAUAUAUUAAGCUUACUGAUAAUUGUUGUGAUUUUAAUUAACAUUUAGAUAACACUAAAAGAUGAGACAGUGUGCGUGUGUGUAUUUGUAUUGUAAAAAGAAUGUGUAUGCUGAAUAUUUCUUUAGAUUGAUUGUUUGAUAUGCACUCGAAAAUGUUUCUCUCUCGUAGGAUAUCAUUUGUUUCCCCUUUCCCCAUUAACAAUUAAAUAUUCUGUGUAUUAA